CGGGCGGACGGCAGGGUGACAGGGUGACAGGUGGGAGCGAGCGAGCGAGCGAGCAGUGAGGUGGAGGUGGCGGUGCUGUUGCCCCUCGUCUCCCCCAGCUCACCUCUCCUCCCCUACAGUCUCUCUCCCACCUCCAACAUGUGGCUGAAACCCGAGGAGAUGCUGCUGAAGAACGCGCUGAAGCUGUGGCUGACGGAGAAAGACCACAAGUACUUCGUCUUGCAGCGGCGCAGGGGCUACGGCGAAGGAGGCGGCGGACUAACGGGCCUCCUUGUUGGAACACUUGACACUGUGUUUGAUUCAACUUCCAAAGUAGCGCCAUAUCGCAUUCUACACCAGAUACCAGAAUCCCAAAUCUAUUGGUCCAUAGCUUGUGGAGUCAGUAGUGAAGAAAUAAACAAACAUUGGGAAUGGCUGGAACAAAAUGUGAUGCAGAUACUUUCUGUAUUCGAUAGUAAUGAGGAUAUUACCAGCUUCGUUCAGGGUAAAGUACGGGGGCUAAUAGCAGAGGAAUCUCAAAACACAUCCAUAAAGGAGGAGGAUGAUCCUGAGAAAUUUCGUGAGGCCUUGUUGAAGUUUGAUAAAUGGUUUGGACUGCCUGAGCAAGAGAAGCUGGUGACCUACUAUUCAUGCAGCUACUGGAGUGGAAGGGUGCCAUGUCAAGGCUGGCUAUACCUCAGUGCCAAUUUUCUCAGUUUCUAUUCCUUUUUCCUCGGCAAGGAAGUUAAGAUUAUUAUUUCCUGGGAUGAAAUAUCAAGACUGGCAAAGACGACAAGUGUCAUCCUUUCUGAGAGCAUACACAUUUGCAGUCACGGAGAAGACUAUUACUUUACAAUGUUCAUGCAUUUAAAUGAAACAUUUCUGCUGAUGGAACAGCUUGCAGAUUAUGCUGUAAAGAGAUUAUUUGACAAAGAAACAUUUCAAAUGGAUUUAUUGUUUAGCGACCAUUUACAAAUAACAAAAAGAGUUCUGGAGAAUCGAGCAAGGACUGAAUAUUUCACUGCACUCUUUAGGCUUCCUAGGGAAGAAAGUCUGGAUGACAUACUUGAUUGUUUUCUUUGGAUCCCUUUUUGCCACGCUCAUGCAUUUGGGAAAAUGUUUAUUUCAGAUAAUUACAUCUGCUUCCGUAGCCAAGAUGCAAAUCAUUGUCAUGUAAUCAUUCCAAUGCGGGAGGUAAUGUAUAUGAUAUGUAACAUCAAAAGAGUUUGGGAUAAAAUCCCUCCCAGGCUUAGAAAUGUCAUCAGUGUGGUUAAGACUAAAACUGUUAGACAUCCAGUUUUGGAGUGCCUUUUCCAGGUAUUAGAGAUGAAGAGAUGGAGGUUCUGGGGAGCUGGGCACUCCCUAACAGGAGAACAAAAGAACUCUGGGGAGACACUGGGAUCCAAGCCUGUCCCUUGGAACAGUGACUCUUGGGGGCACACGUUGCUGAAGUACACAUCCUACAAACGCAAUUAUAAGCUACUGUUAUUUUAUGAUUUGCAGUUGAAAGAAAAGAUGAAAGUGCAAUCGUGGAACAUUCAUUUUGUGGAGUAUGGUCAUGGAGUCUGUAUGUUUCGUACAAAAAAGACCAGGGACCUUGUAAUGAGAGGAAUCCCAGAAGUCUUAAGAGGAGAACUUUGGCUAUUGUUUUCAGGUGCAAAUAAUGACAUGGCUGCUCACCCUGGCUAUUAUACCGAAUUGGUGGAAAGGUCCAUGGGCACCUGUACUCUGGCUACAGAUGAGAUAGAACGUGAUCUACAUCGCUCACUACCUGAACAUCCUGCAUUCCAAAGCGAUACAGGAAUCUCUGCGCUUAGACGAGUCCUCACAGCCUAUGCUUCACGGAACCCCAAAAUAGGCUACUGCCAGGCGAUGAAUAUUUUGACGUCUGUUUUACUACUUUAUGCAAAAGAAGAAGAAGCCUUCUGGUUACUGGUUGCUGUGUGUGAAAGGAUGUUGCCAGAUUAUUUCAAUCGACGAAUAAUUGGCGCUCUGGUGGACCAGGCAGUGUUUGAAGAAUUUAUCCGAAGCCACCUUCCUCAGUUGACUGACCACAUCACGGACAUGACUUUUUUUUCAUCCGUUUCCCUGUCCUGGUUCCUCACCAUCUUCAUUUCUGUGCUGCCCAUCGAGAGCGCAGUAAAUGUUGUGGACUGUUUUUUCUACGAUGGGAUCAAGGCGAUCCUGCAGCUGGGCCUGGCAAUACUGGACUACAACCUGGACAAGCUGCUGCUCUGCAAAGAUGAUGCUGAGGCAGUCACCAUUUUAAACAAAUUUUUUGAUAAUGUCACCAACAAGGACAGCCCUUUGCCACCAAUGGUGCACCAUCCCCCUGUAGGUUGUGACAACCAGCCUCCCCAUCCCAAAGUGGACAUAACUGAACUUAUCCACGAAUCCAACGAGAAAUACGGUGAGAUUCAAUCGAUGGAAGUUGAAAGUAUGCGACGUAGGAACAGGUUGUAUGUGAUUCAGACUCUGGAAGACACCACAAAACAAAAUGUGCUGCGGGUUGUAUCUCAGGAAGUGAUGUUCCACACUAAAGAUUUGGAAGACCUCUUUGAGCUAUUUAAGCGGGAGCAUUUCCUGAGCUGCUACUGGAUUCCACACAGUCCAGCGCUCAAACAUCACGACUCCAGUCUACCAUAUCUAGAGCAGUAUCAGAUCGACAGUAAGCAGUACUGCAGGCUGUUCAAGCACUUGAGUCCGUGGUCACAUUCUGCAAAUGUAGAUUCAUUAGCAAAGUGGAGUUUUCGGCUUCUGGAUGAAAAUUCUGAGAGUCUCAUCAAUUUCAAGGAAUUUGCGUCUGUCCUAGAUGUGAUGUACAAUGGAUCAUUUACAGACAAACUGAAAUUACUUUUUAAAUUACAUAUUCCGCCAGCCUUUACUGAAGACGAAGGGGUAAUUCCCUCCGCUUCAAAACACCCACAACUUUUUGAUGAAGCUGUGACUCGUGGGGAUGAGCUUAACGGAAGUAACAAAGGGAAAAUUAAUAUCCAGACAUAUUUGAAACAAUGGCAAGAUGAGCUGGUGCGGAAGGAAGAAAGUAUACGAGCCCUGCCGAGGAUAAACCAGUCACAAUUUGUUCAGUUCUCCAAGACGCUAUAUAAUCUGUUCCACGGCGAUCCCAACGAGGAGGCCCUCUACAGAGCUAUAACCACCGUCACCAGCCUCUUGCUUCGCAUGGAGGAAGUGGGGAGAAUGUUGAACAGUCCAGGCUCCCCCAUCCGUGGUGCAUCAUUUGCAAGUCAAGGUUGCCAAAGCGGUGAUGACAUCCAGGAGAUCCAGACAGCGGACAAGUGCGAAGACACACCCCAGGAAUCUCAGACUGAUGUCGGAUGGACCUUUGCCUUUGAGCAGAUACUGGCAUCGCUGUUGAAUGAACCAGUUCUGGUUACGUUUUUUGAAAAGCCUUUUGACGUCAAGGUAAAAAUAGAACAAGUCAAGUCUGUUCAACUGAGGGCUAAAAAUCAGCCAAAGGUUUACGAAUGAGUCUCUUGUGACUUUAUGCCAUAUUUCUUUCUGUAUUGAUGGAACUAUGCAAUGCAAGCUCUGAAUCUUUCUGUUGGUGGACAAUGGGGAAAUACCUCUAUGAUUUUUGCACGCCAUUUCUCUACUGUCUUGACUCAGGCUUCACCCCAAUAAUGAAUGCCUCUGCUAAAAUAGCAUGGAAAUUUGCACAGAUGAAAUUAGCAAUUAUUCUCAUAACGACUGUGAUUUCUAGGCUGCAGUUCUGCAAUGUAGGAAUCCUGAAUCCAUGUGUUGAUAAGUACAAGCAUUGAACCACAAAACAUUUUUUGGCAUUGAACAAAUUAGUUUGUGUCCAUGAUAAAGUGUAAGAGCGUGUCAGGCAAACCAUGUACAAAGUGAGAUGUUGAAUAGUGACAAACAGACUUAAAGUAGUUUGGUCUUUAAAAUAACAUCACUGGACUUUAAAGUAACAUCACCUGUAGUAGAAUUUCUUGUCCUAUGCUUGUUCAUCUCAAUUUUGUGCUGCACUACUUUCGUUAGUCUGCAGAGGGUGCCCACAUGAUAUUUUUGGUCUUGGUUGGAGAAUAAGGUUGAAAGAAAUCACUGCCUUUAUAGUUUCAACAGUCACCAGACUGAAGGCACAUGCCUUUUUCUUAAUUGUACACAAAUGUUUGUUUUUUUAGUGACAUUAAAAAAGCAAACUGUUUAUAGCUCUACAAAUUAUAUUAGAAAAGAGAAUCUUUAAAAACAAAUAGUCUUGUAUUUUUGAAGUAUGUUGCACACUUGUAAAAUUUUGAGAUUUAUUAAACUAUAUGAGCUGAGCUUUAAAAGGUUUAUAUGAAAUUGUAUAAGAAUUAGAGCUUUCAGUAUAUUUAACGAGAACUGAAACUAUUGAUCUGAUAAUUUUGAUGUUAGGAUAUUAAUUGCAAAAAUAUAAAAUUAUGAAGUUUCUAUACAUCAUAGUUCAACUGGCUUGAAAUUUAAUACUAGUCAUGAAAAUAUACUUUGGUUUAAUUGCUCUUCGGUCAAGAUAACGCAUUGCUCCUUUUUGAAGUAUAAAGGCAUAUUAUAUUCCAUGUAAAAGUUAAACAUUAUGAAGAUAACAGUUGCUGCUCAAACACACUGCUCUCAAAAUUAACCUCAAACACUAAAAAUAAUUCUGCCAAACCUUUGCCAUUUUAGGAUUUUUUAAAAAUAUAUAUAGAUUUGAAGCUAUAAAACAUUUUUGUGCCAAUUGCUGAGGUACUUGGUUUAUGUUGUAUGUAUAAAUUCUGUUCUCUACUUAUGCUGAAUCCUUGCUUUAAAUUCCUUUUCUUUCAUAUUGUAUAAAAGCCUCACUUCACAGAUAUGUUGAAAAAUAAAUAUUUUGAUUUCCAA